AUGAAUUUUGAUGCCAAGACAGCUUCAGAGAGAGGGUUAGUGCAGUUGAAUGAAUUGGAUGAGCUGAGAUUUCAUGCAUUUGAGAAUUCCAAGCUGUACAAGGAGAGGACUAAGGCUCAUCAUGAUAAGAAGAUCAUCUCCAAACAAUUUGAGCCAAAUGACCAGGUUCUCCUUUACAAUUCCCGCUUGAAGCUGUUUCCUGGAAAGCUGCGUUCCCGCUGGUCUGGUCCUUUUACUAUUCAAGAAGUCAGACCAUAUGGAGCUAUUGUGCUGUUGAACUCAAAAGGGGAGAAAUUUAUUGUUAAUGGCCAAAGGGUGAAACACUAUUGGGCAAAAGCUGAGAUACCAGACGGACACAUUGUGCGUUUGGAUAAUGCACCCUCUGCCUACUCNGCUAAUGAGUUUGUCUCUAGAUGUGAUGCUUGUCAGCGGAAAGGAAAAUAA